AUGGUUUCCAACGUUGCAAAAUACAACUAUUUCAGCCAAAUUGAUUUAAAAAGCGCUUAUCACCAAGUGCCGAUUUUAGAGACUGAACGAAAAUAUACAGCAUUUGAAGCAUGUGGGGCCCUAUAUCAAUUUACUCGUAUACCAUUUGGAGUCACUAAAGGCGUGGCUGCGUUUCAGAGAACGCUACAGUUCAUAAUUGAGGCUGAAAAUCUAAGAGGCACCUUCUGUUAUUUAGAUGACGUGACUGUAUGUGGCGAACACGAUAAAAACUUGCAGCAAUUUAUGAAUGCUGUGAAGAAAUACAAACUUACGUUAAAUGAGAAGAAAUGCACUUUUGGAUCAAAAAGUAUAAGUCUAUUAGGAUAUUACAUUGAGAACAACGUUAUCAAGCCAGACAAAAAACGAUUAAAACCACUAUUGAAUCUCCCUACUCCAACAGAUGCAGCCUCAUUAAGACGUACUUUGGGUAUGUUAGCUCACUAUUCGAAGUGGAUUUACAACUUUUCAUUCCUUAUUAAGCCUUUGAUUGAUAACACACGAUUCCCACUUAGCCAAGAAGCCAUAAAAUGUUUUAAAAUUUUAAAAUUGAAAAUAGCCAAAGCGUCCCUGACAGCUAUUGACAAUGACGAAACUUUUACAGUAGAAACCGAUGCAUCCGAGCACUCAAUAGCUGCAACCCUUUCUCAAAAUGGUCGCCCUAUAGCUUUCCUUUCAAGAACUUUGUUCAACACUGAACGCGGCCAUUCAUAUAUAGAAAAAGAAGCAAGCGCAAUUGUGGAAGCACUUCGUAAAUGGCACCACUAUCUUAUUGGAAGAAAUUCUAUUUUGAUAACCGAUCAGCAGUCUGUUGCUUUUAUGUUCAAUCAAAAACAUUCAAGUAAAAUAAAAAAUGAAAAAAUUGAACGGUGGCGCUGGAACUGUCUUGCUACAAAUACGACAUAA